AUGGAAGAAAAAAGGAAACCAGUGACGGAGAUUUACGUUCCCUCUUACUUCCAACCCAUCAUCGGCAAAUACUUUCGGCAAUCUUUUACACAACCGGCCACAAGGGCCCAUGUGCCCCAGAUGCUACCCAAUACUAUGCUGGCAUGGCCUCUUGACCAGGAAAAGCUCCGAUCAUUGCUCCGGGCUCUCCCCGACGAGUGGAAGAAGUUAGACCUCGUCUCCAGUCUUCCAUUCUUCUCCAUCUUCCCCAGUCCAUCCCCGAGUCCCCUCCCUGCAGAGUCGGUCUUCGCAAUCGUGGUUUGGCUCUGCACAUGCAGACUGCAACCUCUCCUCCCUGAACCAAACUUCUUCCAUGGAAUAUAUAGUCCCGACGUCCCUCCCCCGCUCAAGGUAACAUGGGCCCAUGGCAGCGCAGCUCGGGAUGGAAAGUCGGCUGUUUCCAUGGCAGCCAGAGACGCCACCGUGGCAGUGUGA